UGCUGGCUGUCACUGCCGCCGCCCAAUAGACACUCGCGAUCCGGAGCGCGAGCAGGACGACCUCCUCCAAAUCAAGAGGCCGGAGUGUGAGCCUGUACCUGACCUCAAUUCGGCUUGGAUGCUUUAGCAACAAUCGGCAGACUGAGCAAGCGAGAGAGUGUGGGACAGAGACGGAUAUUUGGGAUACAGCUCUCGCGCGUCCCGACUCUCGGUCUUGCAAUGGGAUGCACGUUAAGUGCAGAGGAGCGCGCGGCUCUGGACCGGAGCAAAGCGAUCGAGAAAAACCUGAAGGAAGCCGGAAUAAGCGCAGCCAAAGAUGUCAAAUUACUGCUGCUGGGCGGAGGGGAGUCGGGGAAGAGCACCAUUGUCAAACAGAUGAAGUACCUCCAUGAAGAUGGGUUUUCUGGAGACGACAUAAAGCAGUUUAAACCUGUGGUCUAUAGCAACACCAUUCAGAGUCUUGCCACCAUCUUGCGAGCAAUGGAAACUCUUGGUAUAGAGUACACAGACAAGGACAGAACUGCAGAUGCUAAGAUCGUAUUUGAUGUGGUUGGUCGUAUGGAAGACACAGAGCCAUUUUCAGCAGAACUGCUGGCUGCCAUGAUGCGUCUGUGGACUGAUGCUGGAACUCAGGCUUGCUUUAGCCGCUCACGAGAGUAUCAGCUCAACGACUCCGCCCAAUAUUACCUAGACAGUUUGCAGCGCGUUGGAUCUCCAGAUUACCUCCCCACUGAACAGGAUAUUCUCCGAACCCGAGUCAAAACUACUGGCAUCGUUGAGACACAUUUUUCCUUCAAGAACCUUAACUUUAGGCUGUUUGAUGUGGGGGGACAGAGAUCAGAGAGGAAAAAAUGGAUUCACUGCUUUGAGGAUGUGACAGCCAUUAUCUUCUGUGUGGCAAUGAGUGGAUAUGACCAAAUGCUCCAUGAAGACGAAACCACGAACCGUAUGCAUGAGUCUCUGACGCUCUUUGACUCUAUAUGUAACAAUAAGUUCUUUGCUGACACAUCCAUCAUCCUUUUCCUUAAUAAGAAGGACCUUUUUGGAGAAAAGAUUGUGAAAUCUCCAUUGAAUAUCUGCUUCCCAGAAUACACAGGCCUAAAUACAUUCGAAGCCGCGGCUGCAUAUAUACAGAGUCAGUUUGAAAGUAAGAAUCGCUCUCCUAAUAAAGAGAUCUACUGUCAUCUAACCUGCGCUACAGACACAGGAAACAUCCAAGUGGUCUUUGAUGCUGUCACUGACAUCAUCAUCGCCAAUAACCUGCGUGGUUGUGGCCUCUACUGAGCUCCAACUCCACUUCCUGCCAUUUGAAAUGGUAACAAGUGACUGAACUGACACCCCUGUGACUUUGGCCAAGGUACUCCCAUAUUUCAUUUCACUCUGUCAAUUUUUGUCUUUUGUUCAGAAUAUUUAUCCCUUAUUUUCCUUUGUAGUUUGUCAGUACAUUGCUGGCGUAAAUAACGUAUGGGUGUGCAUGUAUAGUGUAAAAAUUAGUGUUUGGCCGGGCAUAGAUGCUUUAAGCCUGAGUGCAUGUGUGUGAGUGGAAGUCAUAACAAGUGAGAGUGUUUGUCGGGUGACACAAAGGACACACAAAGGUUCUCUGCUGUGUAAGAGACUUCCAAAUGCUGGCAUGAUCCACUAAAAUGAUCUCAGAAACCCAGAAGGAUCAGUGACUCUCGCAGGCUAAAUGACUAAGAGCAAGAUAUAUGGUGAAUCAUUUAGAAGAGCUGAAUU